AUGCAGCUACUCGGCUUCGAGAUCUCUCUGUCUACCGCGGUGGCCACGACUGUCGCGCUCUACGUGGGACGACAGCUCUUCGAGGAUAGGAAGCUGAGAGAUAUACCGGCCAUCGGAUACACAUUUCCCAUCCUCAACUGGAUAACCGCUGUGCAGCACAUUUUCAACGCGCGUGUGCUCAUCUCCGAAGGGUACAAGAGGUACCCAAACGGCGUCUUCCGUAUAGCAGUGCACGACGGUUGGCUUGUCAUAGCCUCGGGGCCGCAGCUAGUGGAAGAAGUACGCCGCGCGCCUGAAGACACGCUCAGUUUCGAACAAGCCAUGGUCCGGAGGAUCCAGCUUCGACAUACUCUCGGUGACGAUGUGCUGGCGAUACCGUAUCAUACUGAUGUCAUGCGCGCGGCGCUUACGCGCAACAUUGACCCACGAUUCAACGAUAUCCGUGACGAGAUCGUCUGCGCCUUUGAGGAAGAAGUGGGUGCGGAAAAGGAAUGGAAGGAGGUGCCUGCAAUCGAGACGGCAGAGCACAUCGUGAGCCGCGUGAACAAUCGCUUCUUCGUCAACCUACCUCUCUGCAGGGAUCGCGACUGGAUGAGGUUGAAUGUCAACUAUGCUGUGAAUGCCGCGAUGGUCGCGGUGCUUCUAAAUUUUCUCCCCGUCAUACUACGCCCACUCGUCAGUCGGGCAUUUCUCUCGUUUCACACUGAGCGACGCCGCGCGAAUGAGCUCGUAGGUCCUCUCAUCGCCCGACGCAUACAAGACUUCGCCGAAGACGGCGAAAAGACAGAAGACUUGCCUAACGAUCUUAUAACCUGGCUCUUGGAUGGCUGCCCGCCCGAACUGCGCGAAGUCCCUUUCUUAACUAAUCGAAUUCUCAUAGUGAAUUUUGCUGCCAUUCACUCAUCGAGAGUCACAUUCCUCCGUGUCCUCUACAAGCUCGCCGCGAACCCUGAGUGGGUCUCCUUGAUGCGAGAGGAGGUCGAGCGGGUCCUCGUGGAGGAAGGCUGGUCGAAAUCAGCUUUAGCCCAGAUGCGUCGCUUGGAUAGUUUGAUCCGCGAGACACAGCGCAUGGAAACGCCCGACCUGACCUCAAUGAACCGCUGGGUGUGCAAACCCUUCACCUUCUCCAACGGAGUUCGGAUUCCGGCCGGUUGCCUUCUCGCAUGCCCUGCAGAUGCCAUGCACACAGACGUGCUAUACCACGGAGAAGAUGCUGCCGAAUUUAAUCCAUGGAGGUAUUCCGACCCCACGAAUGAUUCAACGUACCAGAUGGUUGCGACCAGCCCAACCUACCUCGCCUUCGGGCAUGGGAGAAACGCGUGUCCAGGUAGGCACCUCGCGGCGAAUGAAAUCAAGGGAAUGCUUGCGCAUCUUGUACUGGAAUACGAUGUACGCUUCAAGAACGGCGAAGGGCCCCUAUCGGAUUGGGAGAUUGGGAAUAAUAUACUGCCACGUGACGCGAUACUGGAGUUCAGGAGGCGGGCUGCGGCGUAG